AUGCAUUUCGCUUCUGCCCUCGCCGCCGUUGCCUGUUUUUCAGGCGCGGCGCUGUGUCAAACAAAGCUCAAGUUCAUGCCCCUGGGUGACAGCAUCACCGAGAUCACCUGCUGGCGGGCGCUGGUGUGGGACAACCUGGUCGCCGCCGGCGUGUCGGGCUCGGUUCAGUUCGUGGGCUCGACGACGAGCAACACGGUGAACUGCCGGGCCAAUGACCCGGCCUGGGAGAAGCGCCACGAGGGGCACUCGGGAUUCCUUGCCGUCGACAUUGCCCGCACCAAUUUGCCCAACUGGCUGCGCCUGAACCAGCCCGACAUUGUCAACUUCAUGCUUGGCACCAAUGACGUGAGUCGAGGAAAGACGACAACCGAGAUCAUCAACGCCUACACCAGCAUCGUCACGCAGCUGAGGGCCGCGAACCCCAAGGUCAAGAUAAUUGUCGACACCGUCAUCCCCCUCUCGUUCGGCCAAGCCGGAGUCACGGCAAUAAACAACCAGAUCCCAGCCUGGGCCGCACAGCAGAACAAGACCGAUUCUCCCAUCUACGUCCUCGACGUCGCCACGGGAUACCCCGCCAGCGCCAACCGCGACGGAGUUCACCCCGGCGCGCAGGGCGACCAGAUCAUCGCCUCCAAAAUGUCGCCUUUGCUGGUCCAGAUCAUCAAGGGCAGCAUAAAGCAGUGA